UUUUAGAUCCAUGAAAGAACUUUGAUGUUGAACUGAUCUGUUCGAAGAUAAUUGUGUGGAUUGCAGGUCAUCAGGUCACAUUCCGGGCAAAGCGUGGUAUUUCGAUUGCAAAAAUUUGGAGGGGCAGCGAAUAAUAAAAGACAAUGGUUAAACCAAUAAGUGUUAAGGAUGUUGAUCAGCAUGAAAUGGUUAAACACAUUGCACACUUUCUAAAAAAAAGUGGAAAAGUGAAGAUGCCUGAUUGGUCAGAUCUUGUGAAAAUGGGGAGUUACAAAGAACUUGCACCUAUUGAUAUCGACUGGUACUACACGAGAACUGCUAGCAUUGCACGCCGUCUUUAUAUUCGUUCUCCAACAGGAGUUGGUGCAUUACGACGCGUUUAUGGUGGAAGUAAACGACGAGGAGUAAGACCAAAUCAUUUUUCUAAAGCUUCUGGUUCUGUUAUUAGAAAAGCUCUUCAAACACUGGAAGCCAUAAAAUGGGUAGAGAAACAUCCGGAAAGUAAUGGCCGAAUACUUUCCCGGCAGGGACGAAAAGAUUUGGAUCGAAUUGCUGCACAAAUACGCCAAAGUAGUACGCCGGAGCGGGAGCAAUAGACAACAGUGGCGUUAAAUGUGUUCUUGACUUGUUUUUUAUCCUAUAUAUUUCGAUAAUUAGUCCUGCAAGAUGACUCUUCAAAAUUGAUGUCGGAUUUUUCCUGAUAAUUAUCUGUUCGACUCCUUUGAUUUGUAAUAGGGACUGAAUUAUCGUUGUUAAACUAUCACUUUGUAAGUUGCUGAAUAAAAUUUGUUGAAUCCAUUAAUAUAUGUUUCUUUUUUGUUUUUGUUUUGUUUUUUUUCUUGUAUUCUGGCGAAUAUGAGUCGAUGACUUAUUUGUCAUGUAUGAUUUUUUACUGGGC